AUGUCGGUCCUUUUCGAAACCAGUCUUGGGGACCUGGUAAUCGACCUCGAAGUUGAAGCUUGCCCAAAAACUUCGGAGAAUUUUCUCAAGCUCUGCAAAGUAUACUACUACAAUCUCAACGCUUUCUUCAAUGUCUCCAAGGAUUUCCUGGCCCAAGCUGGGGACCCUACUGCAACGGGAACUGGCGGGGAGUCCAUAUGGGCGCACUUAGGCUCGCAAACGCGAUACUUUGAACCCGAAAUUCGACCCAAGCUAAAACACACCUCUCGAGGCGGCUGCGGGAGUCAAUUUUUCAUUACUCUGGCCGACAACAUCGACUACCUGGAUGGGAAACACGCUGUAUUCGGCCAUGUCGUUGAAGGUCUUGACACCCUCGAGAAACUGAACGACGUCUUCACGGACAAGGAGGGUCGACCAUUCAAAGAUGUUCGUAUACGGCACGUUGUUAUUCUGGAUGACCCUUUCCCUGACCCGCCUGGGCUUAUCCAGCCUCCAUCCUCACCUACACGUCCUCCAGAUAACUCAACACGGAUUGCAGAGGAUGAAGAUCCACUAGCAACUUUACCUGAAGAGGAAGAGGAGCGCAUUCGACGCGAAAAGGCUGCUGCUGCAUCGGCGCUGACCUUGGAAAUGGUCGGAGACUUGCCUUUUGCGAAUGUCAGACCACCAGAAAACGUCUUAUUCGUGUGCAAGCUCAAUCCAGUCACACGUGACGAAGACCUCGAGCUUAUCUUUUCGAGAUUUGGGGUCAUCAUGAGUUGCCAGGUUAUCAGAGACAAGAGGACUGGCGACUCGUUACAAUACGCCUUUAUCGAGUUCGACCGCAGAGAAGACGCAGAGCAAGCAUAUUUUAAAAUGCAGAAUGUCCUUGUUGACGACCGCAGAAUUUGGGUGGAUUUCUCCCAAUCAGUGGCAAGGAUAAACAAUUCCUGGUCUAACGACAUCAAGCGUGGGCCGGCUCGAACUAAAUCGAGCGGUUUUGCUGGCAGGGAUGACCUGGAGAAAACGAGACGGUACAGACAAGAGGCAGACCGUCCAGCGCGCGAUAGUUAUGCAAUGGUGUUUGAUGUCGCGGACUCUGGGAGACGGAGGGAUGGACACUCGUCGAGAAGACGAAGCCGUAGUCGCGAUAGAGAAAGGGAAAGGACAUCGCGUCGGUCACGCUCUCGUUCUCCUCGACAUAGGCGUUAA